GCUCCCUGAACAUGGCUGAUUUUGGAGAGAUCCUCCGGAAUAUUGGAGAGUUUGGAUUAUUUCAGAAGACCACCCUUUUUGCUCUCUGCUUUCCCAAUGUUAUUCUUCCUUUUCACUUUGCCAGUGUAUUUUUUAGCCAGUCAGAUCCAGAGCGACACUGUAACACAGACUGGAUCUUCAGAGCUGAUCCUAACCUGACCACAGAUGAGCAGCUGAACCUGACUCUGCCCCGGGAGGAGGAUGGGACCUUCAGCAGGUGUCGGAUGUUUGUCCCUGUGGACUGGGACAUUGGUGUCAUCAGGAAGUAUGGACUCAAUGAGACAACAGGGUGCCAGAAUGGAUGGGUGUACUACAACACUCUGUAUGAGCACACAAUAGUCACUGAUUUUGAUUUAGUUUGUGACCAGGCUAAUUUGUUGGAAGUGGCACAAGCAGUGCUGAUGGCUGGCAUUCUUGUUGGUUGUCUCUUAUUUGGACCCUUUGCUGAAUCGUUUGGUCGUAAACGUGCAGCUCAGAUUCCAGUCGUUGUGAUGUUCAUAUUUACAGUAACAACUGGAUUAUGCCCCAACUUUUACUUAUAUUUGGCAUCCCAGUUCAUGGUGGGAAUUGGCUAUGGAGGUUUUCGACUUAAUGGCGUCAUAUUGGCCACUGAGUGGAUCGGGGUAUCCAAACGAUCAUGGGGAGCAUGUAUGACUCAGGUUUUUGGUGCAGUUGGACAGUGCCUCCUAGCUGGUAUGGUCUACUUUAUCAGAGACUGGAGACUGGCUCAACUUAUCACAGCAGCUCCACUCGGCGUCAUUGCUAUUUACAUAUGGUUUAUUCCAGAGUCAGCCAGGUGGUUGUUAGACAGAGGAAGGAGAGAAGAGGCUAAACAGCUGAUUUUCAAAGUGGCAGCCAUCAACAAACGCACUGUUCCAGACCCUCUGCUGAACAAGAUUGUUAUGAAAGAAACUGAGAAAAAGGGAGGCAUAAUAAUUCUUAUCCAAUCAUCUGUGCUUAGGAAGUAUUUCUUUACCAUUAUAUUGGCAUGGUUCUCAUUGAAUGUUACCUACUAUUGCCUUUCAUUCAAUGUGGGAAACUUUGGCUUGAACAUCUUCCUGACCCAGGCCAUGUUUGGUCUUACUGAACUACCAGCUCAUAUACUUUGCAUCUGGCUGUUAGAAGCAUUGGGGAGAAAAGUGUCACUGAUGUCAACACUUCUGAUAGGAGGAUUCCUGUGCAUCUUAAUCCUGGCUGUUCCUCAAAGUAAUGCUGUUGCUGUUACCACUUUAGCAACCUCUGGACGUUUUUUCAUAAAUUGGGCAGGAUCCAUUUGCAAUGUGUAUGUUCAGGAGCUGUUUCCAACAUCUUUUCGACAAACAGCCUCUGGUUUGGGCUCCAUUGCAAGCAGAGCGGGUGGCUUGCUGUCUCCGUUGCUCAACAUGUUGGCAAUAUACCAUUGGUCCAUACCCAUCAUAGUCUUCAGCAGCCUUACACUGGUCAGUGGAGCUCUCAGCGUCCUGCUUCCUGAGACCAGGAGAAAAGAGCUUCCUGAUUCAACCGAUGAGGCGGAGGGUAACGGAAAUAAGGCUGCUAUGAAGACCCAAAAUGAAUCAAGCAUACCUCAACAAAGCAAAUCAACCAAACUGUAGUCUGCAUACUUCUGGUACUUACUUUCCUACACGUGGUUGCUCUGUCUGUUCAACUUUGGUCCAUAGUCAAGCAACUACUACCGCUACAUUUGAAUGUAAUUUGCUCUAGAUAUUCACUGUCCUCAGAUAAUAAAACACUAACGUUUUGGUGACUCUAUUCCUUGUUGUUUCACCCUAAAAAUUUUAGGUAAUUGUUUUAUCUCAUGCUUACAUUUUACCUUGAACUAAUACAGUAGCGUGUUAAAUAAAUUAUUAAUUGUUAAAUAUUUUGUGACCUCUACUU